AUGGCUGUAGGAACGUACGUUGCUUCUAAGAACUUGGCCGAAAUCCGCGAAAAACUCGGGGAGCCUUUUGCCAACUCCCUAGAAUAUCUGCCCCUCGACAAGGUCAUUACUAAGACCCAAAAGCAUGAGGAAGAUUAUAUCUCAUUUAUGCUACUAUUCGGUCACGUCCGUAAUCAGUGCGAGGACGGAAACCAGGAAGUGUGGGUCAUGCUCUCGCCACCUACUAAGGAGGGUGGACAAACUCGGAUAGAGUUCAAUUCGUACGACAGCGCUACCGGAGCCUCUGAAUGGCAUAACAACCAUAACAUCAGCACAAGUGCAGAAAAUGCAGCUGCGUUCAAGAUGCCCAAGAAAGCAUCGCUUGGCAAGCAUACUGCACUGGCACGGUAUUAUUUCCUCCAGAAACUCGCCGCCGAUGAGGCCAAAAACAACGGCAUCUCCGAGCUGAAGUUUCCCAUCCCAGUCAAAAAAGGCCUUCUCGAAUGCUUAAAGACGGCAUGUAGCGAGUUUGAAGGCGAAGCAAAAGCCGCACUAGCUAGGUCCGUCAGGCAGCUAUCAGUCACUCUCCCAGAAAGCCAAGACAGCGACGACACCCUCGCGUUUGAAGACUCCAAAGAGACUUUCAAAGAACAGGUCCAGCGUGCAUGGGCUGUCCAAACCCCCCACAACAACAUCGCCCAAGCCCUUGCCAUCCUCAAUGAUAAAGAAAAAAACAUCAAAUCACACAUUGCAAACCUCGACGACCACCUCAUCGCUCUAACAGAACAGCGCGUAGACCUCGAGCAGCGCUGCAAGCAUGUCGAAGCCGAGCGUCUUGUUGCCGAGAAAGAAAUAGCGAGUAUCAAGGCGCAGCGGGAUGAUCUGUUCAAGGGCAUGAGUCCUGAGGCGGUAUUUGAGUUAGGCAGGAGCAGCGAGCGGACAAAUCCUACGAAGCGGCGUAAGCUUGAUUGA